AUGGAGCAGAACGGGAAGGGAUUAAUGUCAAAACAGUGUCCAGUGCCUUCUCAGGCUCAGUUAGCGCUUGCAAUAGCCAUUGUCAACUCGAAGCCUGCAAAUAUCUCCGUGAUAGAUCAUCUCCAGCAAAUUCGUCUCCAUAUCAAAGCAUCUAGAAAUCAUUCUCCUCCUUCAACCAACUCAAGUGACAAGUAUUUUGACAGUGUCGCUUUCUGGAAACAGGCAUAUACCAAGGCUGAGGCUACACAGAGCGUACUGAAUGAUCGCAUCUAUGAGUUGGAGCAGCGCAUAGAGACAUUGAAGCUUAAAUUAAAGCAAGAUGACAGUGUCUGUGAUACACCAGAACGAGGCAAGCGCAAAGGGAGCAGGGAGCCGACUGUACCAGAUUCGCAAAGGAAACGAAAGAAGACGAGUAAUGUCUCGUCAGGAGUGGUUACUACUGGUGAAGCUGAGCUGGAACAGUUGAAUGAACUGAUUAGUCAAGACGACUCGACUGGAGCAAGUCAAACUGGUAUAGGGGUCAACUCGGUAAUGAGACAUUUAUUUGUCUUGCAACAGAACCUGCAGAAAAGACCCAACUGGGCCGUUAUUUAUGCGAGUGCAAUCAAUCUUUGCACAGCCACCAACUCUGUUGUUCCAUUCCUCUACGACAACUCCGGUGCCGAAGCAAGGCAGUUAAACAGCACCGACAGCAACAUUCGAGUUCCGAACCCACUGCUCAAUCUAGCAAUCAUCGAGGCAUCUCAUUCACUUCUGUGUCGUACGUUAAACAAGAUCAUGAAUUCUUCCGAAAGGCAGAAGUACGAAGGCCAGAUCGUAUAUCAUAUGAGCUCACUCUUCGAAACAGCACUCUAUGCAUUAGAGAAGAUAUGUGACUACCAAACUAGUAGCAAAGAAUUACCAAAGGUCAAACAGAACUCCAAGAGUCCAUCAGCAAAGAAUACAAAACAUCAGUCCUCGUCAGAGUCUUCCAAUGUUACACGUUAUGAAGUGCCUACGGAUGAAGUCUUGCAGACACUGAGACGUGUACUUGCUGGCAUGAUGUUGAAGGCAACCUCUUUGAUUACUACUAACCCGAACACUCUAUUUGAAGGCUACCUCUAUGUGUUUCUCACUCACGUGGGUACUGUUCUUUCGACUCUGGAGUUCAAAGAUAUCCUUACCAGUCCUAACCUACAAGCCAGCCCAGACAAACUACCUUUGCCAGAUGGACUCCGCCGAGCAAUCAUGAAUGCAAAAGGUGAAGCUAUUGGAACGAUUGUAAUGGCACGGGAACUCGAAACCUGCCACAUGAUAUGGCUUCUAGAGAAAGCUAUUGCGCUGGCGCAUUCUAUGUCGAUGAAAUCGUCACUAUCUCAGGGUACGAUUACACCUAGUGACCGAAAAGACUCGAAUGCCGGAAUUCUUCUCGGACUGUCUAAGAAGAGAUUACAAAACACACUACUCAAGGCAGUGUUUGACGAAGAAGAACCAUUGUUCCUGGAGUCAUUGAUAAAGCCUGAGUCUUUGGCAGGGGGUGAGAUGACGAGUCCAAUCAACAAAGAAUCCGAAACAGCAUCGGAGUGGUUCUCGAGAGAAGUCUGGAGGUUGUUAGGAUGGGAUAUACUUGAAUCGAUCUGGAAGAAUGGAAAAGAGAAUCAUAUACAAUGA